AUGGUUAGAGAACAGAGUAUUGAAUCAUUUUAUACUAAAUUGCGAGAAUCUGCUUUAGCUUCAGCUUCCAACACUCCAUUGCUCAUAUUCCCAUCCACUUCCGAUGUCGAUUCCCUUUGUGCUUUGAAAAUUAUAGGUCAUGUUUUAGAAUCCGAUUCGGUUCGAUAUGCGUGUUAUCCUGUUUCUAGUUUCAAGGAGAUUCAUAAGUAUGCUGGAUCUGGUUUGUCUUCUUCAGCUGAUGAUCCGAUUACUAUACUUUUGAUAAAUUGGGGGUGCCAUAGAGAUCUAAGGAAGAUUCUAGAGAUAGGACCUGUCGCUCGUGUUUUUGUUGUGGAUAGUCACCGCCCGAUUCAUCUUCAUAAUCUCAAUCAUCAAAAUGAUAGAGUAGUUGUUCUUUACACCGGAGACGAUGAGACUCAAGCCGAUUUAUCGUAUGAUUUUGAUGUUUCGGCAUUAGCGGCCGCAAGUGAUUUAAAUAGUGACGAUGAGGUGGAAGAAGAUGAGUCUGGUAGUGAAGAAGAGUACGAAAGUGAUGUUGAUGAGGAUCGAGAUGGAAAUGGGAAUAGGAAAAGGAGGCGGGUUUCUGAAGAUGGCGAAACGGACCCGUUGAAGCUUUUUAGAAAGCUCAAGAAAGAGUAUUAUCAUAUGGGUACUUUCCACGGGAAGCCAUCAGGGUGUUUGAUGUACGAAUUGUCUCAUUUCUUGAGGAAGAACACUAACGAUUUGCUAUGGCUGGCUUGUGUGGCCUUGACCGACCAAUUUGUUCAUGAAAGAUUAACCAACGAAAGGUAUCAAGCUGGGGUGAUGGAGCUUGAACAGCACAUCAAUAGUUCAGGGAAUUUAGAUGCUGUUACUUCAGUAACUCUCAAAGAUGGAACUAAAGUUUGUGCACCCGAUGCUUCAAGAAUCACGUAUGAAGAUGAGCCGAGGCUUAUGCUAUUACAAGAAUGGAAUCUCUUUGAUUCGAUGUUAUGUUCUUCAUACAUGGCAACAAAGUUGAAAACUUGGAGUGAUAAUGGAACCAAGAAGCUCAUGUUGCUUCUUGCUCAAAUGGGGUUUGCACUUGAUGAGUCCAAACAGAAGUUUCGGUUCAUGAGUGUUGAAAUUAAGCGGAAUAUGAAAUAUAUGUUCGACCAUUUUCUACCAGAUUAUGGAUUGAACGACUUCUAUUAUCGCGGGUUUUUGUUGUUACAUGGCUAUAGUUCAAAAGUUUCAGCUGCAGAUGUUGUUUAUGGAGUUACUGCAUUAUUAGAGUCUUCAAUUGAUUCAAAUGGCUCAUGUGCUUCAAAGCAAUUUGGGGAGGCAUAUGAUGCUUUAUCAUUAAGGAAACUUGAAAAACUCGAAACUGGUAUGAAACACGCCAUCAAGAUCCAACGUGCGAUUCUUAGGCAAGGAAGCACCGCCAUAACCAGAAAGGGUUCUAUUAGAAGUGGAAGCAAAUUCAGGUGGGUAAAGCUUGAAGAUUCAGCCGAUGCGAAGCUCCUGGGAUACCCACAAGCUUUAACUAAAUUCGGGUAUUUCUUGAUGGACGCUUUGAGGGAAAAAGGCGCGAAAAUGAAGCCAUUGAUAUGUGUUUGCUAUACUCAAGGGAGGGAAAAGGUAUUGAUCGUUGGAGUUUGUGGUAAACCAAGGCUUGGAGCGGUUCAAGGAAAUGCAUUUGGGAUUGCAUUCAGAAACACAGCCGAGGAGACUGGGGCCGAGUUCUUUCAUGAGCUUUUUGAGUCAUCGUGGAUCGUUUUGGAUGCUGUUGCUGUAAAUUCGUUCAUGAUUAGGCUAACCGAGAAGCUACUAUGAACAACCAAAUCCGAGAGUUAGUCUAAUCAAUCCUUUUUUACUUAUAUCUGCUUUACUUGAUAGUUAUUUCUUAGUUUAUGUAUCAUUUUAUCUUAGAGCCUGCA